AUGGCCCCCGCUAUCGGUAUCGAUUUGGGAACCACCUACUCCUGCGUGGGUGUCUUCCGCGAUGACCGUAUCGAAAUCAUUGCCAACGACCAGGGUAACCGAACCACCCCCUCGUUCGUUGCCUUCACCGACUCUGAGCGUCUCAUUGGUGAUGCCGCCAAGAAUCAGGUCGCCAUGAACCCUCACAACACAGUCUUCGACGCCAAGCGUUUGAUCGGCCGCAAGUUCUCCGACCCUGAGGUGCAGGCUGAUGCCAAGCACUUCCCCUUCAAGAUCGUUGACAAGGCCACCAAGCCCGUCAUCGAGGUUGAGUUCAAGGGCGAGGUCAAGCAGUUCACACCUGAGGAAAUCUCCUCCAUGGUCUUGAUCAAGAUGCGUGAGACUGCCGAGUCUUACCUCGGUGGUACCGUCAACAAUGCCGUCAUCACUGUCCCCGCCUACUUCAACGACUCCCAGCGUCAGGCCACCAAGGAUGCUGGUCUCAUUGCCGGUUUGAACGUCCUCCGUAUCAUCAACGAGCCUACUGCUGCUGCCAUUGCCUACGGUCUCGACAAGAAGGCUGAGGGUGAGCGCAACGUCCUCAUCUUUGAUCUCGGUGGUGGUACCUUCGAUGUGUCUCUCCUUACCAUCGAGGAGGGUAUCUUCGAGGUCAAGGCCACCGCCGGUGACACUCACUUGGGUGGUGAGGACUUCGAUUCUCGUCUCGUUAACCAUUUCGUCCAAGAGUUCAAAAGGAAACAUAAACGAGGUAGGCAAAAUUCCAUUAUUUCAAGCCCAAUUGUUGUCCGUUGA